UUCAUUCUGUGACACUGCGACGAGCCACAAGUUUGACUGCAGCAGCAGCAGCAGCUACAAAGAAUAUCAGAAACCAGCUCGUGGAGUCGAGCAUCAUCUAACAACAAUUACAGCUCUUUCAACUACCCAGCGUUUGAGGUUACAGCAGCGCAAAACCAGUCUCGCAGUUCACGCCAGCGUUAGCGACAACAUCAGCUAGAAGUUCGAUAUCGAAAAAUUGUCGUCUAGUUUUUUUGCUGCUGUUGAAAAACAUUAGCUCAAUGCAGGACCUCUACUGGGCCAACAUCGAGGACUACACGUACUCAGAAUGGAGGGCCUUCGCGCGACCAAAACUGGUUGAUGCAUUUGACACGUUGCGGAACGAGACGGCGGCCGUUUUCGACAAGUGCCCAGAUAUCGCCAAGCUCGGUGAAGACGUUAUGGAGGAAAUUACACGCAUCGAGACGUUCAAGUAUAGGGACGACAUUCAGCAUCGGCUGACGCCGGCACGCGCCGGGCGUAUCCGGCAGGACUCAUCGACGUUCGAGCCGUUGCCUGAUCUGCCUCGCCUAGUGGUCGGAGACACGCCGAUUCUGAAGCUUUAUUUUUUCGGCGUUUGCAAAAAGAUGAAGAAGCCUGAAAUUCUGCAGCUGCUCAAUCCAUUUGCCGACCCUAAGCUUUUUACGAUUACCCGGAUCCAUCACCCACCCGGUCCUAAUAAGACGUGGUGCCACUUAAAUUGCACAAAUCUGCUCACCUCUUUAAAGCUACAGUACGCUGGGCUGUCAGCGCUGCUGGAUGUUGGGUUUUACAGCGAAGGAAAAAAAAAAUAUAUGCCAUGUUACGCGCAGAUCAAGCCUGACAGGCGUUAUUUUCAAAUCACUCCAAAGAGAUAUUACGAAGAGUCUCCUUUGGACACCCGCGCGUUAGAUGCUCAUUUUUUCAUCGUGAACACCCCCGUAUUAGCACGCAUUUAUCAUUUCCUCGGCGCUGAUGACGCAUAUAAAUUCACCUUCGCUCUUUUCAAUCAUCCUAUGGCCGUCACUAUGUUGUGUUUAAACUAUUUCGACCCAUCUUGGCCUAUUUUCAAUUUCAGUAAUGUGAAUGCGUUUAUCAGGGAUCACUUUAAGAAGUUCAAACCGAAAUCGUUAGUUUUUAAUAAUCACGAUUGCGUAUUGAAUAAUGCUAUUGUUAAGGAUGCGUUGUUAGCUAUGCGAGAGCCUGGAAGCAGCCGGGGAAACGCGAACGCGGUACGUGCGGUAAAUAUUAUCGAUUUGCGGGCGGUGAAAAUUAAUUAUCGGCUAGCCGAAUUUCUCGCUAUUAGCUUUAAGAUUAGUAUUUGUCUAUUAGGCGAUUUUACAGCUCCGAUUGACACACAGGUUGCCAAGAUUUUGACUCGCCGGCUCGAGAUUAAUGAUAAUUAUUACGUUACCGGUGCUUUUCUCGCGGGAUCUUCGGCAAAAUGUAUUAAACUUUCCUUUUGCUGGCAACUCAGUUUUGCAGCUUUGGCUCGCUCCUUGCUUGUUAAUUCGACCACUAAGCUUUUACAGCUGCAUAAUGUUAUGGCAUUUGAUGUCGAUGCACAGCUUGGUAAUCUGUUGGAUUCAUUGUUCUCCGGUAGGAACGCACUCACAGCUAUAAUAUUUUCUUCAGCAAAGCCUAGACUACUUCUCNAUAUUGUCACUGCAGGCACACGUCUGUAUCUGACUCAGUUUUGUAGCAUAUCAAGAAAAAGUUGGUGGAGGCUUUCGAUGAUCUGCGGCACGAGGCCGAUGCAGCUAUCGGACUAUUUCCAAAAAUUUCCCAAAUAUCCAAGGAUGUUUCGAAAAAAUCAACAGGAUGAAGACGUGAAGGGUUACAGCAGCGCGAAACCAGUCUCGCAGUUCACGCCAGCGUUAGCGACAACAUCAGCUAGAAGUUCGAUAUCGAAAAAUUGUCGUCUAGUUUUUUUGCUGCUGUUGAAAAACAUUAGCUCAAUGCAGGAUCUCUACUGGGCCAACAUCGAGGACUACACGUACUCAGAAUGGAGGGCCUUCGCGCGACCGUAA